AACAACUGUUCAGUUUAGUUUGGUGUGCCGCCGAGUGAGGUACCGUCGACGUCCCGUACAAACUGCUGCACCGCUGACGUCGAGUGAUUUUUGUGCGUUCGACUUCGGCAGCCACAGUGAUAACAGUUAUAAUCGUUUAACGUGUGUUUCUCGACGAUAAGUGCGGACAAUUCUGUAAUUUUUUUACAACGAUUUUUACUCCGUUACCCGAGUGUUGUGUUAAUAAAGCCGACCGUCGAGCACCGCCGCGUCUAAUAUAAUAAUUAAAACAAAACAAAAUUAAACCGGUUUUGCGCUUCGUCGCUGACCGCUCGUCAAGUUCUACGAAUAUAAAUAGUUUAGUUUACCUGAAUAUCGGAGUACAACCAAAAAUUAAAUCGACGCCCAAAGUCCUGCAGGACUUGCACUUCUAUUGGUAUUGAGGUAAGUCAGCCGUUACGAAUUAAGUUGUACAAGAAAAAGACAAUCCGUAAACGCAUCAACUAAACGGCACACGAGUAAUUUGAAAUAAAUUAAAAACUAUCCAAUUAAAACAAUGUAUUUGUCAUCGGCGAACCGAUUGGUAUUAUGUGAAUAUUUUUCCAAAUAACUUGAGGACGUAUUUCUGGAACAAUAUUCAACUAUGAGGAGGUAGCCGUCGGUAUCAUGCUACACGAAUUCAAGCACUGUUUGGUGGCUUUCCUGCUGCUGGUCAUUGCAGCUGUUGGCCCCGGACGAUCCGAACACGUCGUUCUUUUAGACACUACCACCGAACCCAGCUUACGAUGGACAACAUAUCCUUACGGACCGGAUGCCAAUGCAGCAGGGUGGGUAGAAGAAAGCUACAUAAACUUUGAAAAGGGCAUCAAUUGGAGAUCAUACGUUGUAUGUGAUGUUACCAAACAGAACGUUAACAAUUGGGUAUGGACACCGUUCAUUGAACGUGGUCUGGCUAAUCUCAUCUACAUAGAAGUGAAAUUCACCAUAAGGGACUGUUCACUGUUUCCUGGUUACGCGUUGUCAUGCAAAGAAACGUUUUCGCUAUUGUAUUAUGAAUUUGACGUGGCCACGCGGGAACCUCCACCUUGGGAACCAGAUAGUUACAAAUCAGUCGGUCGGAUUGCUGCCGGCGAAGGCAGAUUCAACGCUAACAAUGAAGUUGUGAUCAACACGGAGACGAAAACCGUGAAAGUUACCAAAAAAGGAGUGUACUUUGCGUUCAGAGACCAAGGAGCUUGCAUUUCUAUUAUGGCCGUCAAAGUAUAUUAUGUGGUAUGUCCUGAAGUAGUGAUAAACUUUGCGAAUUUCUCGGCCACCCCGACGGCCCGAGAACUCACUCAAAUUGAACACGCAACCGGCAAGUGUGUAGAAAAUGCCGAAGUCGUGGGUGGCACACCGACUUAUCUUUGCAAAGGAGACGGCAAAUGGUAUUUGCCAUCUGGUGGUUGCAAGUGCAAAGCCGGCUUUGAAGCAGAUAUGGAAUCACAGACGUGCAUCGUUUGCCCUCCGGGGAAAUACAAAUAUGGAGUUGGUGACGACAAAUGUCAGUCGUGUCCAGCACAUAGCAAAGCUCCAGAACAAGGAAUGUCAGAAUGCAGGUGCAACACAGGGUACUACCGACCAGCCAAAGACCCCAAAUCCGUCCCUUGUACUCAACCUCCUUCAGCUCCUCAAAACUUAACGGUCAAUUUUGUAGAUCAGUCAACCGUGACUUUGUCAUGGAAUCCACCAAACUUUUUGGGAGGAAGAAUAGACACCGUGUAUAGAGUAACGUGUGACAUGUGUGGACCUUCAGUUGUGUUCAUGCCCAACGCAGAUGUGUUCAACGAUACCAAAGUAACGAUAAGUGGCCUAAGUCCUGUUACUACUUAUAAAUUCCACGUGUGGGCUGAAAACGGUGUGAGCAAUUUGACAUCAACCGAGCACCGACAGUUUGUUGACAUUGCCGUUACAACUGAGGCAUCCGUCAAAUCAGCCUCCGUUAAUAACGUCCGAGUAACUUUGGUGAAGGCAUCCGAAAUAGCACUGUCGUGGGAUCCGCCGAUUACAUCCGGAUACUCAGAUUCUGGCGAGGAAGAUCCAGUAGAAAUUUAUGAGGUAAGGUUUUAUCCUCGUGGAGAAGAAUCCAACGCCAGCAAUAAGCUGACAGCUGACAAACACAUAGUUUUUGGUUCAUUGAGACCGAAAACGGAUUACGGUUUCCAAGUACGGGCUAAAACAGCGCAUGGAUGGGGAGAGUACAGUCCAAUAAUAUACAAAACAACUGGUCUACCACUCAGUAGCACUAAGAGCACACAACAACAAAUUCAAAGAAAAAAUGGAAUUAAAGACGAUACGGCUUAUAUUGGCGACGAAGAUAAUAUGGAAGUUCGGAUUAUAGCUGGAGCCACAGUAGCUGUUGUUGUGGUGCUUGUAGUAGUUAUCAUUAUGACCGUAUUGUUUUUGAGGAGUCGGAGUAACGAUGAGUGUAACAAAAAACAACCAAGUGACUGUGAUACAUUGGAAUACAGAAAUGGAGAAGGACUUGUGGUUACCUACAUGCAUUGCAAUUUGGACAAUCCUCCCAUAGUAGCCACUCACACUAGCAGCAUGACCACACCAUUGUUCACUCAAGUUGGUUCUACCACUUCAAGAUCGUAUAUUGAUCCACAUACGUAUGAAGAUCCUAAUCAAGCCGUUAAAGAGUUUGCCAGAGAAAUAGAUGCUUCUUAUAUUACUAUAGAAGCAAUUAUUGGCGGUGGAGAAUUCGGCGACGUUUGUCGAGGGAAAUUAAAAGUACUUGGCUCGCCUUCGGUAGAGGUUGACGUUGCCAUCAAAACAUUAAAGCCCGGAAGUUCAGACAAGGCCCGCAAUGAUUUCCUUACCGAAGCCUCUAUCAUGGGACAAUUCGAACAUCCAAAUGUGAUAUUUUUACAAGGCGUCGUCACCAGAUCAAAUCCAGUGAUGAUCAUUACUGAAUACAUGGAAAACGGUUCUUUGGACACGUUUUUAAGAGCCAACGAUGGUAAAUUCCAAGUACUCCAGUUAGUCGGCAUGCUACGCGGUAUUGCAUCGGGCAUGCAGUAUCUCAGCGAAAUGAAUUAUGUUCAUAGAGAUCUCGCAGCCCGAAACGUCCUAGUCAACGCUCAGCUCGUAUGCAAAAUAGCUGAUUUCGGCCUCAGCCGAGAAAUUGAAAGUACUACCGAAGGAGCAUACACCACACGGUUUUCAAAUUUCCAGGGUGGUAAGAUCCCUGUCCGAUGGACUGCACCCGAGGCAAUAGCAUUCCGAAAGUUUACUUCCGCUUCGGACGUGUGGUCGUUCGGUAUUGUUGUAUGGGAGGUCAUGUCAUACGGUGAACGACCAUACUGGAACUGGAGCAAUCAAGAUGUGAUCAAGUCAAUAGAAAAGGGAUAUAGAUUGCCGGCGCCCAUGGAUUGUCCGGAAACUAUUUACCAACUAAUGUUGGACUGUUGGCAAAAAGAGAGGACUCAUAGACCUGUAUUCUUGUCCAUAGUGAAAACGCUUGACAAACUAAUUAGGUGUCCAGAUACUUUGCGUAGAAUUGCCCAGAAUAGGUCCGUUAACCCUUUGAGUUCUGAUGCUCCAGAUAUGACACAGUUUGGUUCAGUCAAUGAAUGGUUAUGUUCUAUAAAGAUGGCCAGGUACUUGGAUAACUUUGAGCAAGCUGGCAUUGUUAACAUCAAAGAAGUUGCCAGACUCACUGUUGCUGAUCUUACUGCAUUGGGUAUAACACUAGUCGGUCACCAAAAGAAAAUUAUGAACAGUAUACAAGCAAUGCGAGCGCAAUUUUCAGCUAACCUAUCUGAAGGGUUUCUAGUUUAAGCGAAAUGAACUUUUGACCACUUUUUUGGGUUCCUACUUAAAAAGAGUAAUAUCAAAGGCAUCGGGACUUAAUUUUUCAACGACCUAGACUGUACCUGUAUAAUAUUAUUAUUUAAACUGUCUGGAACUUUCCUUUUUUUAAUUUUUAUGUUACUACUAUUAUGUUUGUUUUUUUUUUUUUGACGUAAAUUUUUUUUCUCAAUGACUUGAGUCUGCUGAGAUGUUUGUAUAUUAAAUAUGCAAGUAUUACCAGCAUUACAGAUAAUUUUUAUUAUUUAUCAUGGCAAAAACGUUUUUUUUUUAUGUUUAUUUCGUUAACUUGAUUGCAAAAAAUAACUUACAAGUUUUGUAUAGUUUAGUAUUGACAUAAUUUUUAAAUUGUUACCUUAUACAGUAAAUUGAAAAAAAAACAUUUAACUUGUAAUAAUUUAUGUAAAAUUUUGUUUAUUUUUGUGUAUAAUGUUAAAAUUGUGUUAUAACGAAUGUAAUGAUAAUGUUGUCUCAUGUACAACCAGACUGUUUUUUUAGUUUUAUAAAUACUUGUAUAAUAAUUAAAAACGUAUUGUUGUAAAUAAAAGAAAAUGCACUUUGAUGAGUGCAAAAUAAAUAAAUUAUGUAUCAAAAAUAAAAAGUUGAUUAAAAAAUUAUUAUAGCAAAGGACGUUAAAAAAUGCAAUAAGAUAAUAUUAUCUAUAUCAAUAAAUUAUAAUUAUUAUAUUAUGAAUAGUUUUAAUGGCAAAUAUAUGUGGAAACAUAUCUGCCAAAAGUUAACUGUGAUAAAUUAAAAAAAAUUUAAAUUUUACCUAUAUUAACUUAUAAAGUGUUUUGAAAUAUGUAUAGUUAUAAUCUGUAAAUAUAAUAUUAAUUUUUUCCGAUUUCUGUUUUCUAAAUAUUUACUCAAAAUAAAAUUUCUAUCUCUAUUAAAAUAUUUAAAAAACUGGCAUUCGUUUUAAGUCAUCAAAUAUUUUAAAAUAAAUUAUCUUUGAUUAAAUUGUACACAUUGUAAAAUGUAUAAAAAUUUUACACAAUUAUGCCUUGCUAAGUUUUAAACUUCAUGAUAGGUAUGAAAAUAUUAAUAAUUAAAAUUACGAUUUAUCGCAAUUAUAAAGUUCCGUCCAGUAUUAUUGUUUUAUUGCUAAAUUUCAAAUUUCCAUUGCUGUCAGUUUUAUGAAACAACAUUUAAUUAAUUAUUACUCUAUUCAAUUUGUGAUUCUAAAUUGAGUGUUUUUUGCAACAUAAGAAGGUAUCUAAAUGAUACCAUGUAUACUAUAUACCCUAUAAAAAUAUAUUGAACAAUUUACGUUUAAAAUCUUUGAGGCUUCAAGGUUACAAUGAAUUAUACAUUUUAUAUGUCCACCUUAUGAUUGUAAAAAUUUAUCUAUCAUUGUGUAGUGAAAGAAUCAUACUGUUAAUAUCAAUUAAUGUGUAUUCGAUUCCCCUAAUUAUUUUGUUUUUGUACAGUAUUUAUCACGAAGUAGUUUUUUCUUUAAUUAAAUUCAUUGUAUAAAAUGUAUCAGUCCUAUUUAUAGAAAUAAACCAUUAUAUUACUAUAAAUGUAUAAUAACUGUUGUUGACAUCGGCUUGUGUGUAUUGAUUAACGUGUCAUUGUAUAAUUGUGUACAAGAAUAAAAUAUUUUUUAAAAA